AUGGGACCAUUAAUCAUAUGUGGCAUUUUGUUAAGCACGAUUCCAGGCUCGCUAUCUACUGCAACAUUACAGAAACCAUCUAAAUUUAUAGAAUACCAUCCAAACUUUAGAAUUGAUCGCAGAAGUGAAUGGGCAUCACCGUCAUUAAUCAAUUCAUUGGGGCAAAACUUCAGUUUGCUGUAUCCGAUAUAUGAUGAUGCACUUGAAUACACGUGCAACAUAAACAACCCAGUCACAUCUCCUUACCAAGAGCAACCAGAGAACGAUUCAAUUGAACUUAUAAAACAGAAGGUAAACGCUAUAAAUGCAGUAAAACGUUUUAACGAACAACAUAAGAAUCAAUGCAUAUAUAGGGAAUUCGGCUACUGGUCUUAUCGCAUCUGCUUCCUGGGAGAUAUUACACAAUUCCACUAUUCUGGGGAUAGAAUGAAAGUUCAUGAACAAUUAGCGGUUAAAAAUAACAACAUACCAUAUCAUAGAUUGGGUUUGAUGAAGGAGGGCUCAUACAGCAAAUCUUCAGACUUUGAAUUUGUCAAAUCAAAUGACGGAUCGAGAUAUUUGAGCCAGCUGGUUUACAAUGGAUCUACAUGCGAUAUUACAGGACAACCCAGAUCAAUAUACGUUCAAUACAAAUGCGAUCAGAAUCGUGCAAUUCCUUUUAUAGAGACUGUGGAGGAGUUAAAAACGUGCGAGUAUCGUAUGGUUGUGUUAUCUGCUGAGCUAUGUCAAUAUUCCGUUCUCCAACCCGAAAUAUAUGCGACAGAAGGCAAUAUAACUUGUUAUCCUGUCAAAAAGGAAUAUAUUUCCAAUGACGAUCUUGUUGAGCAUGAGAAGCUAGAUUUGUCGGCGUUAUCGCUUCAGCCAGUUGGUUCUGGAAUUUUUUAUGGAACAUUUAAGGACCAAAAAUUGCAAGCUAGGCCUAACAUACUUGUAUCCAACAGGAACUAUGAAAUUAUUACAGAUAACAUUAACUUAACAAGCUCAGAUGUAGGGGAUGAUAAUAACAUGCAGGUUACAAUUGACACUAAUUCUCUUCUCGGGGAUGUUAUGAAUGCUUUCAUUAACAUGGUCGGUACUCAUGCCAUCAAUUCACCAGACGGGCUUAAAGGUACGAGAGCCAUCCGACAAGGUGACAAGUUUAUGUAUGUGACCGAGGUUUAUGGGUUGAAUCGAGAAUUUAUUGCCAAUGUUGCAUUUAAUCAAACUGAUGAUAACCUCAUUUUAGCCUAUUACAUCGAUUAUGGUACAAUCAAAGACAAUUUCGUGCUUUUUGAAUCUGCGCUUUCUCCUUCUAGUACAGAAAUGCAAGAAGUCAUGAGUUCUCAACCAACAAAAUUAAUAUGA